AUGCUAUCGCUGAGAGCUGUAGCUGUUUUGCUCUUCGCUGUGCUGGUUAUCAAUGCUGCUGCUGCCCCUGCCUCGAGAGAUGCAGAUCCCUGUGCUGUCAUCGCUGGCAAGAAAUGGGUGUCACCUCAGGAAGUGAGAGAUUGCUUCACCUCUUUUCCCGUAGACCCAGAGAUUAAAGACAAUAUCGUCGAAGUUGUGAACAAGACGUUGGCCUUUCAUACGUCUGUAAACUAUCAGCGCCAGGCACCCCCUCCGUUCUCCCUUGAUGUCCAUGAAGAUGUACUGGGAGAUCUUGCGCGCAUCAGUAGCCAGGAGUACGCGACGGACUUUGACCUUCAUCUUGACAUAUCGCGUACGCUCAAGAGGCUGAACGACGGGCACUGUGUCUACAUAAACUUGUGCUAUGACUCACUGUACUUGACCUUCCUUCCUACCCCGCUGGUAUUACUAUCCGAUGUGGAAGGAUUCCAAGACGUGUACAUCGCACCAGAGGCGUGGACCGUGGCUUCAACUGAAUUUGCUGACCAGAUAGACGUGUGGCAGGAUGCCCUUCCUACAGGCUUGAAAGGCCAGCUGAGCUCUUUGUCUGCCGCAAAAGUGCUGCUGAUCAACGGCCUCGAUCCAUUCAUUGCGAUAGAUGACAACGCCCAUGUUACUGGCAGCUACCAGGGCUUUGGAACGCGUCAGAACUCGUUCUUCUCCAGCUAUGGUCGCUCGGCAAGCGGAUGGAACUAUAUGAUGGGCAAUUUUGCACAGCUAUCUCUUCCACUAGCUGAUUCUGCUACACUCACGAUCCAACGGCAUGACAGCAGCGCUGUAGAAAACAUAACGCUCCCAUAUCGCUCGCGAAUCAGCUCUUCAGCCGUGAAUUGGACAGACUCAAUUUCAUUUCGCCAAAAUAACUGUAUAGCAGUCGAGGACACGAACGGCGUUGAUAUCUACACUACCAAGCAAGACAGCAGCUUCCUUACUCCGGGUACCCCGUCCCAGCAGCAACCGUUCAGCCUUAAGAGGACGCCCAAGCACUUGAUGAACGAGCUACUCGAUGUUGCUCGGCACCAGAACGUGGAACUACCGGCUGAGCGUGUCCCCGCCUCCCCCUUGAACGGGAGUUCUGGUGUUGCGCAGUUCUUCAUGCUGGAUGAUAAUAUGACCGGUAUCUUGAUGCUGGGCAGUUUUGCUGAGAGCUUCUUUGAUGACCUCCAGGAAAGCUUGUUGAUAGGCUUGCAAAAUCUGCAGAGCAAGGGUGCGACCCAGCUGAUUGUCGACGUGACGAACAACGGCGGAGGUUACAUAUGCAUUGCUCAUUGGCUGCAUCGUAUUAUCGCGGGCCCUUCCCCAAGUACAGUUCCCCAAGCUGGAUUGGCGACUGAGGCACGUGCUGGACCACUUGCUCAGCUGGUAGUGAAGGAGAUUGCAAAGGGCGCCGACCCGGAGAACUUGCUCCUCUACAAUCCACUGUCAUGGGAAUUUGCGAACCAUACCCCGUUCCCUGCGCAUUAUGAUUGGCUUCAGCCCCCGGUCGAGUUUAUGAUCAACGGAGAACAUGACGUUUUCAGCCAGAGGCUCGGAGAUGAAUGUCAGCCGUUCGAACUCGAUCCUCCCAAGGAAGCUUUAUUUGACCCCAAGAAGGUUGCGAUCGUUAGUAAUGGCAGAUGUGCGAGCUCGUGCUCACUAUUCAGCAUCACGAUGACGAAGCUGGAGAGUGCCAAGACUGUAGUGGUCGGUGGUAAGACUGACGUCCGACAGCAAUACUGUGGCAUCGUCGGCGGGCAAUCGACACGUUUCGCUGACAUCGAUACGGAGAUCAAGACGGCUCGCCUCAAGAACCACUCUCUCGCCCCUCCUGACUUUAAGACGAACAGCAUACAAGGCAUCACGUGGCGCCUCGGUUUCGGUAUCGAUGAUCCUUCACAACCAGAAGAAUGGCAAGACCAUCCUGCUGAUGUGAAUUUUCCGUUGACGCCUGAGACGGUCAACAAUCCCGUCGAGAUAUGGAAACAGGUCGCCAAGACCGUGCUUUGA